AAAGCCAUUAUAGGAACAGAUACAAUUUUUCUAAUUUUAUUUCUGAUAAUCUCAUCCCAGCGGCAGCGGGUAAACAUCUUGUGAUUAACUUGAAAAAUAGCCUGUCAACUAUAAAGCAUGUUAGAAUAUCAAAAUAGCAUUGUAAAGAUCAGUAAAACGUAUGUAUGUAUGUAUGUAUGUAUGUAUGUUUUAUUUUUAUGUGUAAUGCUAUGAGAAUGUUGAUUCCCUAAACUCUUGCACUGAAACGUUUCAUGUAAUCCAGCUAUCUAAUCGGGUCUAUCGCUAAGGAAUGUCGCCAAGCAUAGUUUAUAGCUUUGAAGAUAAGACCGACACUUCCGUGUCCUAGUCACCUGGCGUUACCACGAUCUUCAACUAUUUGUCCCUCAAGGAUUAACUGAUAAAUUCACACAACAAGCUCAUCCAGUUUGUAAAUUCUUUUCUUUUUCUUGCAUAUUUUCUUUUGAACAAAGCUAAUUAGGGCACUAUUGUUUUAGUCAGCGUUUGGUUCUUUUACGAGUGCCGCAGUUAAGCGCUUGGCCUCAGCUUUCAUGGCGUCCAACGCGCGCGUGGGCAAGCUCAACGUAGAGUGGCACACAAAACACGGGGUGACCUUGUACAAUGGUGAAUGGAUGGUGACACCGCGUGCUUUAGCACGGGGGGUGAGAAUGGCUGAUUAUAUAACUCGGCUUGUUGUCGCAGUCAGCAGUCAUAACUCGGACAGCAGUGUUUGCAAGCACAGCUUGUCUUGUCCCGUGUGAUCGCCAAAACGCUCUUACCUGACCGUGUCAGCAUGUAUGGACUCACCAGGAGAAUGCUCCUCGCCGCUUUCCCGCUCUUCUCCCUCCUUGCCGUUUGCACCGCCCGGGCGGCACCUGAUGUCGCUACGGCCCUGGCCCACGGCGACGGGAGACAAGUCUUCGAGCAGAUCUUGAAUCUGAAUUCCCGUCAGUCACCAGCGAGGGAGAGAAGGAGCACCAACCCGCCGAGGUACCUGCUGUACGUCUACAAGAACUUCGAGAAGAGGCUCGAGGAGGACUCCGAGCUGCAGGCGGACCAGAGCGACCCGCAGCCCGACCAGCCCGGCAUUGAAGGCGCCCAGACGAUCUUCAGAAUACGGACCUUCAGUCCAGAUCCCGGAACUUCCAAGGUUCAAACCGGGUUUCUGAACUUCCGACUGGCUGACCUGGAAGAGAUGCCGACCUACGUUGAACUUGUGCUGACCCGGCGCAGCCGCAGUUCGCCUGAUUACCCACUUCGUGUCGCUGUACACGAAAUAGACAAGGACGGAAAGGUCAGAGAAGAGGCCCUUGAGUGGAAGAUUCUCCGAGCGUCCAAGCUGAAGAAACGCGGCUACGACGUGUUUCGAGUCGCCAAGUCCGUCAAGACCUGGCUGACAAGAACGCAUGCGCAGGAAGUCAGUGACAUCGGCUUUCAAAUCAGAGUCACGACGAGGCACGGUAGCGACCUGGGUCCGCACGUCCUGCGGGAUCUGUACCAGCUGUCCCCCGGCAGCCGCGGCCCGGCACUCAUGCUGUACUUCGGGCUGGACCGACCCGAGCUGCUGCAUCGCCGCAAGUCUAAGGACCGGAAGCAGAAGGACUCACGGGAUGAAAGGAGUACACCUGAAACGCAGACAUCUGGAGCAGAGGCGCACCUUGAAGAUACAUCUACAGCUACUGACGACUCCCCUCCCCACGUCGGGAAGAUUACCGGACAGGACACGCCUGGUAAAGACGCCGCUCAUCGGACCAGGAGGGACGCAAGAGGAGACUGUAGACUGCGAGAAUGGCAGGUGGAUUUUGCGGACCUGCAAUGGAAUGGUUGGAUUGUCCACCCUACCGGUUACAAAGCUAACUACUGCGCAGGCACAUGCCCCACCCCACUCAUCUCCAAGCAUCUCAACGCCAGUAACCACGCCUUCCUCCGCAACCUCAUCCGACAGGCCAAACCCUCAAAGCACCAUUCUGUGCCCAAGCCGUGCUGUACCCCGACCAAGCUGUCGCCCAUCUCGGUGCUGUACCGGGAGAAGACAGGCGCGUACGUCGUACAGAAGAUGAACAGCAUGCGUGCAGAGGCGUGUGGGUGUUUGUGAACACCACCUGACCACCCCUCAAGAAGAAAUAGCACCUUCCAGCAAUCAGCAUGAAAUACUUCUCACUAUGGAAAUACCCAGUCCACUAGACGGCGAUCGCGCUGCGUAACCCAUGAUUUUACGAUCUGAACAUUGUCAUGCAAUAAAAGUAUAAAAAGACAGGAAAACACAGAAAGUGAAAAACAGAUUUGAUUUUGUAUCUUUGAAAUUCGUUCAGCCUUGGUCGCUGCCCUAGUGGAAUGGGUAUAAAUGAGCCAUUCUGACGAAAUGGGAAUUUGUAGCACGAAUUUUGUCCUAUUUGCUUGUAAAGCAAGGGCUGUCGCUGUUAUUGGUCACAUUGAACACUGAAUCUAGUUUGUGUGAAAGGAUGAAAAAAAAGGAGAAGACUUCUUUCAUAAAGUUUCAAGAAACUUUUUAUUAAUAUAUAUUCCAUUGUGUAGACGAUAAUGUCAGUGCAUGAAAUGCACAUGUUUAGCGAUGAAGCUAUAUACUCGGCAGGGUUAUUUUUAGGUAUGAUCUUAAGUUUGUAAUUAGGCUUAUCUCUAAGCAAUAUUGCGUUAAGCACUUAUCUCAGGAUGACACCGCCUUGUUAGUAACUUCUCAGGAGCCUUAAACGUUUAGCUAGUUGGUACAUAUUUUCAAAGUUUGCUUCACUUUGAGCCAUGCGAAUGUUAUUAUUCUAAGAUACAUUUCUGUAUCAAUGUAUCAUUCAAUAUUCUUGUACCAAAGACAGUGACGGUUGAGCAGGGAGAUUCUCAACAAUACCUCCGUGGUGGUUGUCAUGCCAGUGCCUUAAUUACGCAUGCGUUGUAGUAGGAUACAUGCAUGGGAUAUGUGAUUCCUCUGUCGUAAUCAGAAGCAACGUUGUUCUCUAAUAUCUAUGAAGCUCUAUGUACAAUAAAAGACAAACAUCGCGUACAGAAUACCUUUACACCGAAGACAAUGAAACUACUUUCUGCCGCUCACGUACAUACCAUAGAAUAUCGUACAGGCCUAUUAUUUUUAGUUUUUGUAUGGAGUUAUUAGUGGCCACACUGAUCAAAUAUCUAAAAUUUUCGAUUCACACCACAUGUCCACAAUGUCACCAAAUAAAUACUUAAUUUGCUCUUUCA